AUGGAGGCUGACUGGGAUGAAAUCACUCGCAUCGCGGUGCCGUCGUCGGGACUGCAUGCAAUUCCUACCCCUGCCAGUGCAGUCGCUUUUGACGACCUCCAAGAAUUAGUAUGGGUGGGCAAUGAUCAGGGACGGGUAACAUCAUUCUAUGGCCGGGACCUCCAAAGAUAUGUAUCGGUCAAAGCUCAUUUGGGCGAAGGCCCAGUCAAACAACUAUUAGUACACGAAAAGGGUAUCUUAUCUUUAUCAGCCUCAAGUGUGCACUUCAUAACCCGAAGAGGCUUGACACAAUGGCACAUCUCACAUCGGCAGAUGACCAAUUUACGAUGUAUGACUUUAACUGCCACAAACAACCAUAUACUGGUCGCUGGAUCCCAAAGUACCUUUUUCAUCAUCGAUGUCGAGAAAGGACAAAUUGUCUCCGAACAUCCCUCCGAAGCCAAAUACACCCUGAUGAAGAAAUGCCGACACGUGUGCGCUGCCACUGACGACGGUAACGUGCACAUCCUCAGCCUGUCAGACUAUUCGGUCAUCAAGAAAUGGAAAGCCCAUUCGACUGCCAUCAAUGAUAUGGAUGCUCGUAACGAUUUUUUGGUCACAUGUGGCUUCUCGGUUCGUCAAUUGGGUGUGCCCAUUGUCGACCCCCUGGCCAAUGUCUAUGAUCUGAAGAUGUUGACCUCCCUUCCACCAAUUCCAUUCCAUGCAGGCGCCGCAUACGUGCGUUUGCAUCCGAAACUACAAACGACUGGUUUCGUCGCGUCGCAAACAGGCCAAAUGCAGGUGGUGGAUCUGAUGAACCCAGUCAACGUUAUGCUCAAACAAGCGAACGUCCAAUUCAUGCUUGGGAUGGAAAUUGCCUCUUCUGGCGAUGCUGUUGUGAUCACCGACACCAACGGUCUGUUAUAUCUCUGGGGUUCUCCAUCUAAAGUCAGGUUCAACAACAUAAGCCAGAAGACUGAGUUCGCCGACCCAGUUCCUCAACAAACUCCCCAUGUUGAUUGGGGUGACUCACCACUGAAUGCUGUCGGUAUGCCGUACUAUACCGAGCCCCUACUUUCUGCUUGGCCUAGCCAUCUGGUAUUCGAGGUUGGAUCCCCUCCGGCGCCGGUAGAGCCUUCACUUCUUUUUCACCUGCAACCCGCCGAAAUGGGACACUAUGCCCCAAACAUCAACCCCCGUAAAUUGCUGCGUCAUCAAGUCGCAGACACCAGAGCGAGUCAUGCACCUGCCACCAUUGCAGUUCCAAAAUUCUUGAGCGAGAAAGCCAAGGAAGGUAGCUCGGAUGGCCCGGGUAGCAAACUGUCUGAUGCUGCCGAAGCUUUGGCAGGAGUGUCGCUAAGCGGGCGAGCUCAAACUGACGAGGAACGUAUGCUAAAAUAUAGCAACGUCGAGAUCAAAUACAGUAGAUUUGGUGUCGACGAUUUCGACUUUCGAUUCUACAACAAGACUCCCUACUCUGGCUUGGAAACACAUAUCUCCAAUUCUUUUAUCAACUCACUCCUACAACUAUAUCGCUUCAUCCCCCUAGUCCGCAACGUUGCUAUACAGCAUGCAGCCACCUCAUGUGUCGCCGGUAAUUGUCUCCUCUGUGAGCUUGGCUUCCUAUUUGAUAUGCUGGAAAAGGCCAAAGGCCAGAAUUGCCAGGCGACAAAUUUGCUCCGGGCUUUUGGAGCUUCUAGAGAGGCGGCAAAUCUCAGCCUUUUUGAACAUCUCGCUCUGGCCAAUGGAAACAGCUUGUCCACUACGAUCCAAGCCGUCAAUCGAUUCUUUCUCAAGCAAGUCGCCCACGACUAUAUGACUAUGGCAGGGAGUAGUACAGGCAUCGACGAUAUUCUUGCAAGUAACGCCUUCGAAGUCAUUCGUUGCAUGUUUUGCAACAAUGAGACUACCAAACCUGCAAGCACGUACGUUCAAGACCUGACGUAUCCUCAAAUUGACCCAAAGCACCCGAUGAGGUAUCUCAGAUUUUCUUCGCUCCUUAAGACCACGAUCGAACGAGAGGCCAAGAACCGCGGCUGGUGCAGCAGAUGUCGGAGAUAUCAACAAUUGGCUAUAAGAAAGACAGUCCGUCAGCUACCAUCAGCGCUCAUAAUCAAUACGGCUCUUGGUAACAAUGGCGCAGUCCGUACGCUUUGGGAAACACCGGGCUGGCUACCAUCGGAAAUCGGUAUCAUAGUCCAAGACAGAGUCGUUUAUGUUUUUGAAGGGUCAGAUCUCGCACUACACAUACGCAACAAGUCGCCGAAUUUGGUGGUGUAUGAGCUGGUCGGCUUCGUGGCCGAGAUCGACUCUAGUGAAAGAUCUGUACCGCAUCUCGUCAGCAUGGUCAAUGUCGAGGUGUCCAACCCAACACUAGACACAUCCCACAACCACAAAGUAUUCCCCAAUUGGCAUCUCUUCAACGACUUUUUGGUGACGCCGGUCGACCCUAGAGAGGCGCUGCACUUCAAUCAGAACUGGAAGAUGCCAAGCGUGAUCGCUUACCAGGUCAAGAGUGCACAUGGCAAGAUCGAUCAGACGUGGAAAGACAACCUCGACACAACUCUACUCUACCAGCAUUACAGCAUCAAUGGCCGAUAUCCCAAAGAAGAAUGCAAGAUCUUGACGCCCGAAGAACAUCCCCAGGCAGGAACUCCCAUCGCACUGGACACGGAGUUUGUCGAGUUGGAACAAGCCGAGAUCAACGUCAAGGCGGACGGCACGCAGGAGACGAUCCGACCAGCUAAAUCGGGGCUCGCGCGCGUGAGUGUUUUGCGCGGCCAGGGCGAGGAAGAAGGCGUCCCGUUCAUUGACGACUAUAUAACUAUUUACGAGCCGAUCGUGGAUUAUAAGACACAAUAUUCUGGUAUUCGACCAGGCGAUCUCGAUCCGCAGGUAUCCCAACACAACCUCGUCCCGCUCAAGGUGGCGUACAAGAAGCUUUGGAUCCUGCUCAACCUUGGCUGCGUGUUUGUCGGGCACGGGCUGGCGUCGGAUUUCCGCAAGGCAAACAUACACGUGCCCAAAUCGCAGACGGUCGACACGCAAUACUUGUACCUUGCGCCGGGCAAGAACCGGCGCUUUUCCCUGCGGUACCUGGCAUGGGCAGUGUUUAGAGAGUACAUUCAAGAGGACGUCGUGGACGACACCCACGCCGACGGCCACGACAGUAUCGAAGACGCCCGGAUGGCCUUGCGACUGUGGCGCAAGUUCCAGGAAUACGAGGACGCGGGGAUUGUGGAGCAAAUGAUUGACGACAUCUACCGCAGGGGCACGAAGUAUGGAUGGAAGCCACCGCCGCGAAGUAUCGGAGGGACUUUUUUGUUUCCUGACGCCAAUGGGAAUGGGAAUGGUAAUGGAAACGGGACAGGGGCAGCGAAUAGCGCGGUGCCCAGUGGGAGAAAUACUCCUGACCUCAUGUCCUUUUCGUCACCUACUUCACCGCCCUCGGUCAAAACCGGCGGAUCUGGAGGUGGAAGUGGUUCUGGAAGUGGCGGAGGAGGGGGUGGAGGAGCAGGAGCAGGAGCACCCGGCGCAGCGGGGGGAGGACCUUUAAAGAUGUCAGUGGCGGGAAUAUCGUCGUUUGUGCCAGGGAAUGGGAUCACAAGAGAGAGUCCACUGCGUUGA